GAUAUCUGUGUUUGUGUUUGAUAGUUGCAUUUUAUUUGGACAUAGAAAAUUUAUGCAGUAAAUGGGGUUUUCGUUUACCACAUGGACAGAAAGCAGAGACUGGAAAUGAAAGUUUUAGUAUGAAGAUAAAUUGAAAGGUGUGGAGAAGAUUAAGUGAUUGCAGAAUGUCAUUGCAGUGUAGGUCAUCUGCACCUGGUGCAGAGACCGUUCUUCAUGGUGAGUUUGGAGCCUUCCCAUCAAAGACCACACGUUACGCUCUAAGUCUUACUGUCAUAGAACUGCACAUUCAGAAGUUGGUUCCAAAACCAGAGGAUGAUAGGCGAACUGUUGUCCCUCUCAGUGAGGUUAUUGGCUGCCAUACCUUGCGUAGUCAAGUUGGCUCCAGUACAGCAGCUUUUUUUUCACUGUAUAGCUACCCACUGAAGAGGAGGAAGAUGGGAAUGGGGAAAACAAGGCACCGGACUGUACAGACAUUUCGAGUUGACUGUAAUCAGAGCUAUGCAGAAAAUCAUGCCUUAGCAGAAAAGUGGGCAAUAGCCAUCAAGUGUCUUCUGGCUGGUGUGAAACUGUCUACUGAAACAGACAUUACAUCAAGCCUGUUGCCACGAUCCCAGCGAUUGCUUCUGUUAGUUAACCCAUUAGGUGGUCGUGGUCAAGCGAUGCAUUAUUGUCAUACAUUCAUUCUUCCUAUGUUGACAGAGGCCAAUAUCACUUACAACCUAAUUCAAACAGAGCGCCAGAACCAUGUUCGGGAGUUGAUGAGAGACAUUACCCUGUCUGAAUGGGAUGGCAUAGUUAUUGCUUCAGGUGAUGGCCUUCUUUAUGAGGUUGUUAAUGGAUUAAUGGAGCGCCCAGACUGGGAAAAAGCCAUAAAAACUUCACUAGGGAUCCUUCCUUGUGGUUCUGGAAAUGCUUUGGCUGGGGCUGUUAAUUUCAAUAGUGGGUAUGAUCAAGUGAUUGGCGAGGAACUUCUCAUGAACUGUACUUUUCUGUUGUGCCGACGUGCUGUUUCUCCAAUGGACUUGGUGUCUGUCAAUACAGGUUCUGGGCAGCGCAUGUUUUCCUUUUUGAGUGUGGCUUGGGGUUUUGUCUCUGAUGUGGAUAUUGAGAGUGAGAAAUAUCGGCGAAUGGGUUCAGCUCGUUUCACCAUUGGUACUAUGGUGCGUGUGGCAUCUCUUCGCACAUAUCGAGGACGACUUUCCUACCUCCCAGCUGAAGAGGGUGUAGCACACCGUCCUAUGUGUAAGAGUGUCACCAUUUGUGCAAAUGGGUUUAAGAAGUUCCAGCGAAAACCCUUGCAGCGUACCAUCUCCGAUUUGGGGAUUUGUGAAGAGAGGAAUGUCUUAUUUAAAAGAAACUCUACAAUAGAGUCAACAGACAGUGUACUAAUGGAGUAUUCACCUUCACCUUGCUCUCCAGCUGCACGACACUCCACAUGCUUCAACUUUGAACCAAUUCCUGAGGGAUCAUUAUGCCUGAACUCCAUGCUUCUAAAUGGCAGGGUCCCUGCAGUGUACAAGGAAAAUGGUUAUAUCCCUGCUAAGGUUCUUGGCCCCCCAGAUGAUCUGUUGACCCCUCUUGACCAGCCAGUCCCUAAAAAUUGGGUCACGGUUGAAGAUGACUUUGUUUUGGUUCUUGCCAUUUAUCAGACUCAUUUGGGUGCUGACCUCUUUGCCGUACCAUUUGGUAGCAUUAAUGAUGGACUAAUUCAUCUUUUCUUUGUAAGGGCAGGCAUUUCACGGGCUGCUCUGGUGCGUCUUUUUCUGGCUAUGGAGAAGGGUACACAUUUUGAGCAAGAAUGUCCAUACCUCACUUACGUGCCUGUCAGGGCUUUCCGGUUAGAGCCGCUAACACAGAAAGGGAUUAUUACAGUUGAUGGUGAACAAAUAGAAUAUGGCCCUCUUCAGGCACAAAUACACCCUGAACUAGCUAACUUGAUAACUGGGGUACAGAAAGUCAGACCAUUGCUAAAGUAAUGAAUGGGAAGAUUAUUAAAUUGAGGGAGCAAACAAGUGUUUGUCUUCAUGUCAUAUGCUGUAGCCAUUACCCAGACAUAAUCACUAACACAUAAUCCACGUUGGCCUUCUGUGAGUAAGAUUAAUUCAUUGGCUUCAUCUCCUUUUUUCAGCUGGAUAUUGUUGAUGCAGGAGCCUUCACCCCCCACUCCCUGCAUGUUCUGUGAGGGUAAUUGGAACAAGGCUUACUGGGGAAAAACUUGCCUUUUUAUUCAUGAGGUUGGUUUCCCACUAAACUAUGCAUUUUCUUUAGAGAUAGAACAAGGCAUUCUGUCAGCUGAUUUCGAGCAAACUGUUACCUCUGAAGCUAAUGGUAGUUAAGGGACAAGAAAGAUGCUUGUUCGCUUGGAUGUUUAAAAUGUAGGUCAUUUGAUAUAACUUUACAGCUUAACCCUUCCAUUGGUUUACUGGGAUGAGGUUACAGCAAAUCAAUUUGAAAAUGACUUGUAUCUUUGCACUGUACUCUGGAUAAUUUUUCUUUGUAUUGAAGAAAAAAACAUGAUAUAGUAAACACUGUACUGCAUAUUUUGUUCUUGAGUCAGAAGUUUGAAAUUCUCAUCAACUUGGUUUAAAAUAGUUUGGGAAACACUCUGCAGAACUGGAGUUUACAUUCUUUCAGUUGAGAAUAUGAGCAUUCACUGGUGAUAUCUGUAAUAUUUUUAAUGUAUUUGCUGUAUCUAUUUGGCAGACAUGAGGAGUGUUUCAAAUGUCUCUGAGACUGCCAGUCAGGUUUAUAUUUAACUUAAAAAGUAGAGCUUAAUUUUGCAUAUAAAGUUACUUAUUUAUAUGCCACGUCAGAGAAACUGCUACAGAUUUGUGCUACUUUCCUUCUUUGGCAGAUCUGCUGGGGAUGUUGCCAAAUAACUACUGAAUAGAAAAUGGCUGUAUUGUAAUGCAUGUCUACUCUUUCUUUAGGUCAGUGCCCCCAAACUGGCAUGUCUGCUGUCAGCAGUCUAUAUCAGAGGUACCUGUAGGUAUGUUAGGCAGCAUGGUAGCAUGAUUAGAAGCAUCAGUUUUAAACCUUAUUAAAAGAUUAUGUAGCACUGUUUGCACAGAGCAAACUAGCCUGAAUGUUUGAAAUGUGGGUGACAUUGUGGAUUGCUUUGGGUUAACCUUUAUCAUUGUUAGUUCAUUACUCCACAGUGACAGCAGAAUAUUUAGUCUUCCCUUGUGUAAUAGAUUUCCAGCAUCUGUACUGAAGGCUUAGUUUUUUUUACUGAGACCAGGUUUUUAUGGAAUUUAUUAUAAGGGUAAAGUACAUGUCCUGCAAAGCCCCAUCUAUUCCUGAUUGAGGUAUAGCAAGUUGUGUGUCAGUCUGUCCCAUUCAGGAGGGGUGCCAUGAGUAAAAUGUGCUUACUAGCUAUUCCAAACAGAUAACCAUAGUCAUUUAAAACCGAAUGAUUAGUGCCCCCUUAUUAUAGGUGCACAGGUAUAUACUAGGCUAAUACCCACCAGGGCCUUUACAAUCCUAGGGAGGUAUGUAUGUUAGGAGAGGUAUGUUGGGUUACUAAAAAAGAUUCACUCUAUCGGGGGGGGGGGCAUGUUAGGGAAAGUUUACUGCUGCCUCUGCCUGUAAUAGACAUGGGGGCCAGCCCAGGAAUGAGUUUGAUUACCCAUCCAAUGUUAGGAAAUGUUUAUUCUCAGCCUCUGUCUACAUGAGACAUGGGGGCCAACCAGGAAAUGAAUUUGCGAUUUCCCCUCCAGUGGUCAGAGUUGCAUUUGAAUAGGAUUAGGGGUGGACACUGUUUCACAUGGAUGGCAGGCAUAUUCCAGAGCAUGACAAUCCUUUGAUUUAUGUAUUUGUCUCACCAGCAUAUUCUUGGUGGCCUAAUGGUUAAGGUGUUUGCUUUACAAACACAAGGUGCAGGGUUCGAGUCUCACAAGGGAUAAUUGGCUAAGCUUAAAAUGACUCUCAAGGGCAGUUAGCUUAGUACUAAUUUAUGAACCUAAUCUAUGAACUUUAUAUUUUGCAAGCAAAGUUCAAAUCCCUGGAUCUAGUGUUCCUGGCACUGCUUGUUUUACGGAUGUGCAAAAGCUACAUCAGAACUGGAUCUAAGGAUGUUUUAUAUGCCAAGCUCAGAUGGCCUGUCAACAUCUUGUAGGACGCCAAGUAGAGAGGCACGGCUCUAAGGGAUCUCUAUAGGACAGUGUGUUAAUAUCAUGGAUUGUGUUGAUGAGGAACCUAUAUAUGUGUUCCAAAGUUAUUGGCACUAACAAAAUGAAUUAUCAUUUAAGCAGGGCAACUAAUAUCAUCACUGCCGUGAUUAUUAGACUGUUUAUUUUUUCUUGGUUUUCAUCAUAGUUUUUGAACGUAUAACUUUGUGUGGUUGACAAAGUGCGGGAUAAGUGAAAGUGAUAAAAGAAGGGGCCCUCUACUCAACAUAAUGAUAAUUGUUUCACUGGGAUCACAUAUGUAAUGUAAUGUGGAUUCCUGGUACUUAUAUUUUCAUUAAUAUUUUUCCCGGCUGUUGGUGCAUUGCUAUUUGUCUGAGCAGAACUAGCCACAAGAUUUUCAAAAGGGGAGGAUAAGUGAUUCAUAGAGUUGUGUGGUGCCCUUCCAUAUCACUGUUACAGUAUUCUUCACUAAAGAGAUCCCCUGCUAAGGGUAGCCCAGUGUCUGGCCAGUAUAUCAAAAUUGUAGGAUUUUAAUUACAUCGUACACCACACGUAUGCCCCCCACUCAGUGUAGUGCAUAAAGGUGAUAUACGGUUGUACAUACCUUAGAAUAUCUUUGCCACCAAUCCGAAUGCCAUCUUUGAACAUUGGUUUAAACGCUUCUUCGUUUUUGCUCAUUAACAAGCAGUUUUCAAAUAAGUGCCUCAUUGGGAUUUUCUUCUUGUCUCUCUUUUUUUUUUUAGUGUUGGUUUGUGAGUUUACAUGUCAUCCAGAAAGGGAAAAUGUCAGUGUGGAAGACAGAUUCCCCAUAAGGACUGUCGCAAGCAGUGUCUGUUUUGCUUGGGUGCUUCUCACAACCAUAUUGAGCGCUCAGUUUGUCAAGCAUUUGUCUCUUAAGACAGUUCGUUGUCAUCCCUCCUCUUUUUGUGUACCUACCUGGAGAGUCAGUGUCUUAAGUUGUUAGUGCAUGGUGCUGUGGAGGAAUCGUCCCCUCCCAAGGGUCAGCUGUCUGCAAAGAAGAAGACCAAAGAAGUUAGGUCUGAUUCGACUGAUGUACCAUCUCCUCCAGACAUCUCUCUCAAGGUUUGUGAAAGCUUGGAGGAGCGUCUUGUUCCAAAGGAUUCCUCUGCCGCAACCACAUCAGAGGCCAGCAUGGAUCCCACUUCUCACACAUCCUCGGAGGCUCUGCAGACAUCCAUUGCAGAUGUUGAGUGGGAACCUCAGCUAAUCAUAUCUGAGGGACCAAGGGUCAUUUUGCAGAUUCUUGAUCAGGAGGAAAUUCACACUACAUUGAGUGUUGGCAAAGGUUUGACCCUCCUAACGUCUUUUUAGGGCUGACAUCCCUUUAAAGAAGAAGCAGAAAACUAAAGAUCCCCAGCGUGAAUGGCAGGAUUUUACACAGGGGUUAUUUAAUGAAUGCACUCAUAGCCUUGAAGCCUCCCAGGGAAUUUCUGUCCCUCUUCCCCACUUUGUCAUCUACUCUAGUUAAGAGGCCUAGGGAGCAGGACUCUUUGAAGAUUUAGAGUCAGGGGAAGAGUCCUCCGCAUACUCCUCUGAUUCCUUCUCCAUUGGACUUUGGUUCUGAGGUAGAUUCCAUUAGCCUAGAUUCUCCCUUUGAAGAACAGUCUUUUGGGGAUAAUGUCUUUCAUGUGAUGAAAAUUUUUAAAUGGGAUAUUUCUCGGGUUUCUGACAACCAGAAAAGGUAUUAUGAACUCCUCCAGAUGGAGUCCCCCAAGCCCUCUGCUGUUUCUCCGGUCCUGGCUGCCCUGUUGAACACUUUCAGUGGCUUCUCAGGCACCAGAUUUCCAGCAUUCAGCCCCUAAAAAGCCUGACAAGUUUUGUAAGGUGCCUAAUGAAUGUGUUUCUUUACAAUGCCCCUCUGUUGUGUCGGUCUCUUGACAAACGUAAGCUCUUGCCUUCUACUAAAUUGCUUCCUUCUGACAAGGACAGUAGGGCCAUGGAACAGCUGGGUGAAAUUGUGUAUACUGCUGCUACCCUGGCUCUUUGGCUUAUUAAUUAUCAGACCUGUCUGACCAUAUAUGGCUUGGCUGUUCUUUCUCAGGUUGUCUCUACCCUUUAUGACUCUUAAGGGGAAGGUUUUUGGCCUGUUGGGCUCCUGUUCCUAAGUGGUUUGCCAUUCUGUUAAAUGCAGCUGCUGCUUCUUCUAGAGCUGCUGCUUUUGGUUCUGUGUUGAGGCCUUUCUCUUGGCUUCACCUCCAGCCCUUUGCCUGAUGCCAUUAAGGCUAAAUUGUUGGAUGCUCCCCUUGAUAAUAAAAAUCUCUCUGUUUUUUUAGCUGCUGAGGGUUUUAAGUCCCUGCAAGACAAGGGCAAGGCUUUGUAGGAAUUGAAGCAUAUUUUUAUUUCGCCUAUUCCUAAAUUUUACAGGAAUUAUCCCUCUAAGCCUGCUUUUGUUCAGAGAUAAGUCUUGCCCUCCUCCCAAAGGUAAGAAAGGUUCUAAACAGGCUGCUCUUACCAAGUCUACUUAGCCUCCUACUACUCCGAAGCCUCAGUUUUACAUAUAAGCCUGAUCCCCUCCUUUCUAAUUCAGGUCCCUUUAUCUCUUUUUCUUUCCCCGUCCCUUCCCAGUUGGUUAAGGAUCACUCAGGAUUCUUGGGUUCUAUCCACCAUCCGUCAGGGAUACUUCAUGGUGUGGAAUUUCGUCCUUUUCUAUUCCCCAACCUCCUCAGGAACCCCUGCCUUUCUUUCCGGAUGUGCUUCAGGGUCUUUUGUCUCAAGACAGUAUCCAAGCAGUUCCCCUUCCCCAGAAAGGGAAGUGGUCUUAUUCCAGAAUGUUUUUUGGCUCCCAGGAAAGAAGGUACCUGGAGGCCCAUUCUGGAACUUUCUCAGCUCAACACCUUUAUGAAGAUGUCUACCUUUCAAAUGCUGUCCCCCCCAGACUGUGUUUCCUCUACUUCCUCAGGCUUUGCUGGUUUCUCUGGAUCGUGAUGCUUAUUUGCACAUCCCUUUACUUUCCCAUAUCAGGAAAUUUUUGUUUUUCUUUGUUUUUUUCCUUGGUUCUCUGCUUUGCCCUUUGGCAUUUCUACUGCCCCAAGGGUUUUUACCAAAUGCCUCGCUCUUAUGAUUGCUUUUUGCAGGAUGAGGGGGAUACAAAUCAUUCUUUACCUGAAUGACCUGCACAUUCAGGCUUCCUUCCCAGAGACUUUGCUUCAGCACCUUCACUGUGCUAUUUUCUUUUUGCAAAGCCUAAGGUUUAUGAUCAGUUUCAAAAAUCUUUCCUGACUCCUUCUCAGGAUCAUGUUUUUCUUGGUUGCAGGCUCUAGGAUUCAUGGCUUCCACCAUUCCUAUGCUACCAGUAGUCAGACUCCAUAUGAGGAUGUUAGUGAUGUCUAAAGUCAGUAUGGCUCCAACACUGUCAUACUUUGGACUUUAUAGUCCCUCUUUUUCUAUGCCUCAAGCUUCAGUAGUGGAUUAAUCAUCUAACUUGCCAACCCAGGGCUUCUUUUCAGCCCUCAUUCCUCUCUUAGGAACUUUUUGGAUGCCUCAGACGCGGGCAGGGGUGCUUCUUUCAGCCCUGUCAAGGUUCUGGGUCUUUGGCCCAUUCAUCAGAGGGCAGACCAUGUCAAUAUCAAGUAGAUGAGAGUUCCCCUACUUCCUCUUCUGACCUUUCUUACUUUUUCUUCCAGGCCUCUCAAAAUCUUUGCCAACAAUACAAUACCACAGUGAUGUGGUACAUCAUGCUGGGGGCACUGUCCUACCUUCUGUGCAGGCUUGUUCUUUAGGUUUGGGAUCUGGCUCUUCAGGCUGUUUGUAUUCCUUCAGAACAAAACAUUGUGGCAGUCUCUCUGAGCAGGUCCAUAACACAGGCUCACAAGUGGAUGCUUCACAUUAAUGUAUUUUUGGACAUUGUCCACCAGUGGGGUGGAACUCUGGUAGAUCUUUUUGCCUCCCCUCUAAAUAGACAUCUUUUUUUGGCACCAGAGUUCCAAGUCCUUGGGCACAGAAGGUGGAUACCAUGUCCUUUUCUUGGCAGAGGAUGUUUCUCUAUGCUUUCUCUCCCCUUCCACUCAUACUGAGGAUCCUGCUCAAGAUAGAGCAAGACACCCCCAAAAUCUUGCAGGUAACUCCCUUUUGGCCAAAGCAUUAUUAGUUCCCUCUUCUGUAACUAGCCAAGGGCAAUCAUCACAAGUUGCCUCACAGGGUGGAUAUACUCACACAAGACAAGAGGUCUGUCAUCCAUCCUCAUGUGUCCAGUCUUUAACCGACACUGUGGGUAAUGGGGUUUUGAACCCUUUUAGGCACUUUUUUUUCUGAGGACUUGUUUUGGGUUUUGCAGGAGACCAGGAAAUCUUGUGUGUCCAAAUAGAAGAUGUUCUGUCUGGUGCCUUGCUCAUAAUCAGGAUCCCCCUUUCUGUGGAGAUUCCUCUGGUUCUGUCGUAUUUGUGUGAAUUACUCCAUGCUGGGUUGGCAUAUUGUUCAGUCAAAACAUCACCUCUCAGGUAUUUCUGCUAGUCUGCCUUUAAUUCCUCCUUUCGCCUCUAAGUUUCAGGUCAGACAAUUUCUUAAAGGUGUCCUUCAUAUUCAGCCUCCCAGGAAACCUAUUCUUACUUGUUGGGACCUUAAUUUUGUUCUUGAAGUAUUAACUUAUGCUUCUUUUCAUCCUGCAGCUUCGGCUUCCUUGCAGCAUUGUACAUGGAAGACUGUUCUUUUGGUCAGUACUUCAGCUAAGAAGUAAUCUGAGCUUCAGGCCCUUAUGGCUGUUACUCCUUUUUAGUUUUUCACACUAAUCAUUCUUUUAUACCCAAGGCGGUUAAUGAAUUGUCUCUAUCAGUCUAUUCAUUUGUCCAUGUUUUUUCCUUCUCUGCAGUCUGCAAGAGAGAAGAUUCUUCACACUUUGCAUUUGCAUAGACAGCUCAGGUAUUUUAAUAAGACUAAGGCCUUCACUAGUCUGAGUAACUUUGUUUCUUUUCAUCCUAGAUCUCUAGGUCUGGCUGUUUCCAAGUAAACUGUUUCUUUAUGGAUCUCUUAAGGCCAUUUCCUUUUGUUACUCCUUUCAUGGGAAAAGCCUUUUUAAUUCUGUAAAGGCUCAUUCUACCAGGGUUGUGGCUUCCUCUGGUGCUUUUUUCAAAGGUUUGGAUACCACUUUCAUCCUUGAGGUUGCUACUUGGCCCUUUAUCAUACCUUUACUAAGCCUUACAAAUUGAAUGUUUCCAGAGCAAGAACAGUGAUCUGGAAGGACAUAGUACAGUAGUGCAAAAUCUUACCAUGAUAAUAGAUGUCCUUCCCUUCACUGUUGCAGUAUUUGGUCCCUCCCUUCUUCCCUUUUCUUUUUUUCCUUCUGCAUGCUCAUGUUCCUCCUCCUCUUUGUGGACUGUUCUUCCUCCCGGCACUAUUCAGUUCUGAGGUGUGUACAUCCGUACAUCACUUUUAUGCCCUACGUCGUGAGCGAGGAGCAUACACAUGUGAUGCACUUAAAAUGGUAAGGCUUUGGUAUACUGACCGGAUAUUGGGCUCCCCUUGACAGGGAGUCCCUUUAAGGAAGAAUACUGCAACAGUGAAGAGAAGGACAGCUACUGUUAUGGUAAGGUUUUACACAACUGUAUUUUCAGUUUAAGAGGAUGCAUUAUCCAUGAAAUUAUUAGUUCGUGAUGACCCGUGAAACUGAUUUUUUCUGAUUAAUAAAAAAAAAAAAAAACAGAAGGUAAUUAGAUGAAUAGACUAUAGGUGUGUGUUUUGAGUGUUGAUGGCAUAUAGUAAUGUACCACAUAGGUUCAUAAGAUGUAGGUAUGGGGUUCAGAAGCCUAGACCAAUUUCUCAAUUGUCCCAAAGCAUGUGUUAAAUGACUUUCUCAGUUACACAGUAGGAAAACAGACUGAGGAAAUCAAACCCCAGACCACAGGAAGCAGCUCAUUAAUACCUCGUAGACUUAAUCCUGUGCACUAACUGCCAAAUCUUUGUGUUACCUGAGGAAUAUAACACAAAAUUUCAAGCACUUCAGAAACAUAUUUUACCUACACGCACACACACAAACACACACUGUCACUUGCCUUGUAUGCUGCCUGCCAGUAAUAGUGAAAAUGUCCUUUUGUUUAACUUGCAAGCUUAGUUUACUGUAACAUGCAAGCCUUGCUUACCUUACUGUUUUAUACCUAAUCGCAUCUGUUGUAUAAUGCUAGAGACCCUGGGGCACCUCUUUAUCCUUUGUCAAAUUUUCCAGUUUAACACAAUGGCAAGUUCUCAUUUAGCCAGUAACUGAUAAACUGUAAUUAGAAGAACAGUUUUAUAGAUUCCCAGAAGCUAAAAUGUAGUAACAGCUUUUCCUUUUAAUCAACUCUGUGCUUGACUAAGGAUGCCCAGUGUCCUAUCACAAACCAAAAUUUCCAUACAGGAAUUGUGCUGCCAUUACUUUGCAUGCAAAAUAAAAAACAAAAUGAAGUUUUACUGCCCAUCCUUUGUGCUGUCACAUACACUAAACUCGCAUAUACUUGCCCUGGGGGGAGGGGAUGUUCAGUCCCCCCAUUGUCUUAUAGGGAUUCUGUUAGAUGCCAGGUCUUAAGUGCUUUCCAUUAGAAGUAAGUGAAACCGUCCCAUGUUAACUGCAAGUAUAGUUUUAUUAUAAUGGUACACAAAAAAUGACCACACUCUCUCUGUUUCCUCUCCUGGCAAAAAAAAAAUUUGUACAUGAAAUGGAAGUGCCUACAUUCUAAAACAGUUCCUUUUGGGACAGUUCAGAUGGUGUACAGGUAUAUUGCUGUGAUUGUAAUGAACAGGGUCCUGGGUUCAAGACUUAGAAGAGAGAUGGGACACUGACCAGUGCUGUAAUAUUUCAUGCUUGACGUAAGCAUUGCAUGUUUUAUGUUUAUCUCUACAUAUAAAAGUGCCAUAGUGGGUCAGUGUAAAAUUCUGUUUUACAUCUCUGGGAUCUAGGGUUCAAUUCUGAACUUCAGUCACCCGUGGAGUUUUGCAUGUUUCCCUAUUUCUACUUAGACUUUUCCUCUUACCUCCCAAAGCAUGCUGAUUGAUUAGUUACACUGAAAAACAAAUUACCAGUACUUUAUUUACAUUUUCCCUUGCCAUUGAGAACACAACUGACAGUGUCCAAGAAGAACAGAUUCACUUACCCAGGCCAUAAAUAAAAACAAGACACAGUAGAUCAUUGACAGAUGCUGCUCUGAUGAGGAUGUUGUACUACUGUCACUGUUGCUACUUGGCAUGUAAAUCCUGUACAUUGAGACAAAAGUCCUAGUGAAGUCUAGUAGUGUAGUACCCCAGUAUGGAUUUAAUUAUGUUCUCUGCUGAUGAAGGCAACAGUGGAUUGAUGUUGUCUGUAUAGUUCUCAUGAAAUUCACCAUUCAUCAUACAUAGUGGCAUAUCCCCAGUAGUCACUUUAACAAAGCUGUCCGGAUUGUUAAUCCACAAGUGAAGUGUAUUGUGUAUUAAAAAAAAAGAAAAGCUUGUGUUGUCAUGAUUAUCAAGUAACAGUGGUAUGCAUACUGCUGCUUUGCUGCUCAGUUGAUUAAUUUCCCAUAUCCGUCCAUUUUAAAAUCCCUUUUGCAGCUGUGUUAUUAAAAGCAAAUCCUCUGACCUUACUGUCUUUCACAGUUUCUGCCUGUUUUUUUCCACAUAAAAUAAUGUGCAGGGGUGUAGACAGAAAAUUCCAUUUGGUAUUCACAGACUAUUUUUUGCUGCCCCCAACCUCCAUGGCAUUAAAAAAAACAUUGACCCAUCUUUCAAAAUAUUGUCUUCCCAGUUAAUAAAUGCACUCGGUCAUUUUCAGUGGUUCCCUCUAAAACUGUUAAAGGUAUUGGUUUUAGAUUAGAAAUCCACUCUGUAAGCAAAUUAUCUGCUGUCUGAAGCAUUAGUUUAGAUAAUCGUAGUCAUAAUGCAAUCUGAAAAAAGAUACAACGUUUCUGAGUGAUACAAAGAGAAAUGUACUCUUUGGAGUACAUAGAGUAUCCCUGGCUGCACCCUUAAGAUGACAUGGGAGUAGUUAUUCCUCUGACUUAAACGAGAACAAAUUUUGAACAUUUUAGUCACCCACACACUAAAGUAAAUCCUGAUCUUGUCUGGGAUUUUUCAAGUCAGAGUUGUUAAUUAGGCAUUUCAUUAAAUGUUCUUAUUUUCAUGGCAAUUUAACAGUUUCACCACAGGGUUUUCAGCAUGGGCUCAUCUGUGCCUCACAUCAAGCUGUGGAGCUAGCAUUACACAUUUUUCUCCCGAAGACUUGUACAGUUAGGAUGUAAAAUAUUGCAUCUCCAUUGCCAUCAUAGUUCCUGACACAGGAUCUUAAAAUAUACUUAUUGAAAAUGUUAAGGAAAACAUUGUAAACUACCAAGCUGUGACUCUGAAUUUAAUGUACUUGUGAAUGUAAGCAGUAUUGUUUUGUUACUUGUUUACAGUAUAUUUAUAUCAGAUUAUUUUAAUUGUUCAUAUUUUAGGUAUGUUACUGGCCACCUUCAGAUUCAAGACAAAGCAUAUAUUUGUUAUCUCAAAAGGAUUUUUUUGUGUUUGGUUUUGUGAAGCCACCUUAUUUGCCCCAUAAGGAAUGUUCUUCUGUCUUAUUACUGUUUUUGGUUGAAUUAUUCAUGAAUUACAGCCACAGUAAGACAUCAAUGGAGGUGUAAAAUGUCAUUGACAAGAAUAUUCACUAAAAAAAAGUUUGCACUAGUUAGAAAAUGACUACCAGAAAAAAAUAGCCAUUUAAAUAACAGGAAAUGAGAAAUCGUCACGCACAAUGACAGUGACUGUAGUGACCAUCCAUCUGUUUAGGGCAUUAACUACUUACGUCUUUACCGAAAUCUGAACAUUGUACACAUUACGCAAGCAUUACCAUUGGAUGGGCCAACUUCCAUUUCAUCAUACUGGCUGUGCCGGCUAGUUUAAACUGGUCAGGAGCUUGUACACUACUAACGCCUUGACAGGGUAAUAGACAUUUUAGGUAAGCCUUUUUGAUGGGAGUUAUAUUUCCAAGGGCAAGUAGAUUCUACAUUUGUUUGCUUGCCUUAUUAUAACUGGUUUUCCAUCAGCAUAGUGCACAGUGAUUGUCUUGGGGUAGUUUGUUCAAAAUGGGAUGUGCGUUUUCAUUUUGGAUAUUUUGUAAUGGGGCCACUUUUAGAGGAGACAGCACUCACAGUAGACAUUUUUGUCAAAUACUCCUAAAGGAAAGCAGAGUUGUCCCAUUUGUAAGCAGCUGUGAAGCUCAGAAAGCUGUAGACUACCACUGAUUUGGGCAGUAAAAAAGCUUUGCUAAAGCUGGAGGUUUUGUCAGAUUUAUAUCGAGGCUUCAGUCCAUUGUAAUCUGCUUUGGUAAACUACCCUAAGGGUAAGGGAAUAGACAGAGAUCCAUGUUUGGUCUAGUGACAGACAUGUCUUGACCAGCUUUUGAAGUGAGGAAGUCUGUGCAUGCUAUAUUACAUAAGGCACAAACUGCCUCCAUCUGUAUGCCAAGUCAGUAAUAAAGAUUUUGCCAUAAGCUGAGAUGAGAGACAUGAUCCUUAAAUUCUCGCAAAAUCUCCAGUCGGUCACUUAACAGUCCUAAUCACAUUUAAUAGUUGAAUGUACCUUUUCAACAAGACUGGUACAAUUGAAGAUGCUUGUGAUCCAUGUGCAUGUUGUAAGCAAAUAAUCUUGCAUAUCUGAAGGAAGGAUUUGCAUCCAACUUGUCUUCAGAUAAAAUGCACACAGCAGGAAUGGCACCUGUAUUAUGUUGUAUUGCCACUGCAGGGUGCAUGCUUUUUUUCUAUUAUGUAACAGUUUAUGGAUAGUUUUCAUUGUUUGGGAUAUGAUCAAAAUUUUUUUACAGUACUGAAACAUUAUGUUAAUGCUUCUUGAACCAAAGGAUGUCAUCUUGCAUAUUUUUCUACUGCCUUUAUUGCGAACAGCCUUGUGUAAGAGCAUUGUCGCCCUUAAUAUGCAACACAUCACAUGUGGUGCUCACACUAUUCCAUGUUAGCCCUUCUGCCUUAGAGUGCCUUUUAAUAUGGUUGCAACAAUAUCUGUUGUAAUAUUUUCCGGCUGGAAAAGUAUGAGUUAUAUUACCUGUUAGAUUCUAAUUCUGAGUGGAUGUACCUAUCGGCCUAGGCCUGUGUUUUUUGAAGAUACAAGAUGUUUCUUUUAAAGUCUUCCCAAACUGCUCAGUACUUUUGGUGUUAAUUCCAGUUUGACUUACUAAGAAUUUAUUCUGUAUGUUGUGAGUUCUGCUCCAUUCUACCUGCUUGUUCCUUUUAUUGCCUCAAUUUUUUUAUACAUUAAAACAGCAUCACUUCUGAUAAGGUCUUCAUUGGGUGAAGUUGUGCUCUCCACAGUCAAUCAGUUGAUGUAAUAUUUAUGUAUUUUGUUUAUUAAUUUAUUAACCAGAUAACUACUGUUGACAAGAGCAUCUUUCUGCAAUGACUUGAAUUGAAAGCUCCAGUGUACUUAUGGGAAAAGCACUCUAAAAAUGCAGAAAAAAUUAAUAAUAAAUAAUGCACUGCUAAUGCAUUAAAUUCUC